AUGGCGUCCAGGGGUGGUGGAUCCAUAGGCCGAGGUGCAGGCAGGGCUCAGGGCAGCGCACCGGGAUCUCCACCACGACCUAUGCAGGGGCGAGUAGGGGAUGGACCGGGUGGAGCCGGCGCGAUCUUCGUUGGGGGGUUGCUUACCGUACCGGCGCCGACCUCUCGUCGCUCUUUCCGUUACGACGGCCCUCGGCCCCCUCCUUCGGGGCAGACGCCGACACAGCCGGAGAGCGGCAGUGAGGAGGAGGAUGAGGAGGAGGAUGGUGAGGGCGAGAAGGAGGAGAACACUGAGGGGAGCGGGGAUGACAGCGAGGCGGCGUGGGACCCAGAGACGCAUGGCGGUGGGGAGGGGGGAGAUGAUGAUGAUGAAGACCACGAGAUGGAUGGGUUGGAGCCCGAGGGGCGGGAGGAGGAGGUGGGAGAGGGUGGUGGAAGGGCGGCGACAGAGGCGGGAUCACAGCAUGUGCGUGAAGGGGGGGGGGAGCGGGGCUACAAGGGAGUGCCGGAUGGCUACGUCUAUCAGUGGCCACAUGCCAAGACUUGGCCGCAGCUCGCCAAGGGGAAAGCGAUGGCAACUGGUGGAGGUGAUGGGUCAGGAGGGAUCGAGCGGUGGAUGACAGCAAAACUGACCUCGGUGCAGCUACGGCAGGCGAUCACGAAGCUGGUGGUCACCUGCGACCUCCCCUUCCGCAUCGUCGAGGCCGAGGCUUUUCGUGAGCUACUCAUCCUGUUGAACCGCAACUGCGCGCAAAAAAACUUCAUCCCCUCGCGCUGGACGGUUUCCCGCGACACAGUGGUCUAUUCGGCUGCUGCUCUUCAGUCAGCCAUCGCGGAGAUGCUGGCGAAGGAGGGGGAGCUGGGGUGCAGGGUGUCGUUCACCAUCGACAUGUGGACGUCACCCAACAACAGGGCGUGGCUGGUGGUAACGGGUCACUGGAUCGACGAGGGUUACCAGCUGCGCACAAUGGUGUUUGAAUUCCGGGAAAUUCACGGGCGGCACACGGGCAAGCAGAUGGCGAGGGUGGUUGAGGACACGGUGGUGCAGUGGGGGUUGGAGACGCGUUGUCUUGGGUUCACCUCAGACAACGCCUCUAGCAACACUGCCGCUUUCAGGCGGCACUCGCUGUGA